CAAUCGAUGGUGAUAUUCAUAGGUGAUAUUCGAGAAAGAGCUACUACAUAAACAAAGCAAAUUUUUUAUUUUUGGACAUUUGGCAAUUGGCUAUUGUGUUUAUCUGUUUGACAUAUUAUUGAUGGUCAAAUUAUUAUGUUUUAUAUUAAUUAAACAAGAAAACAAGUAAUUAUGUACAAGUCAUAGUGAACGGUAUAGCAAAUAUUUAUCCGUGCGUAAUAAUGUAGGCAUGAAAUUAAACGAAAUAAUGAACUAGAAAAUUUGGAAGUUGUGAUGGCUACUAGUAGUGUCAGUACAUAUGAAAAUAGUGUAGUAACAAAAGAUUUUCAUCUGUCCUCAUCUUCAGAUACUGGCCAUCGUUUAACUCCUAAUACACAAAAAUGUCCAUUGUGUGGAAAAUUGAAAUUAAUUUUUUAUUGCAAAGAAUGUGUUCAUAGCGGGUUAUUUUCUAAAUCUAAACUACCUGCAAAAGAAGAAUAUACAGAUAAAUACAAAGUACUUUUUGAAUUGAUGAGUGUUCGGAAAAAAAUAGAACAAAACUGUCUAAAAGUUCUGAAUAGCAAACUAGAAACUGACGUCUUGUAUUCAAAAAUUCGUCGUUCGAAAGAUAGAAAUAGGAUUCUUAUGAAAGUCGUAGAAGAAAAAAAGCAGAUUAUAUCAGUCAACAAUCUCAAGCUGAAGGAUAUUAAAGAUAGAAAUGAAAAACGUGAUAGAAGUUUGCCCAGGUAUGAGCAAAAAGUACAGGAAUUGGAAAAUUAUGCAGCAGGCUGUAAGGACGAAGUUGAAAAGUGGUACGGAAUUUCAAACGAGAAACAAAAUCGUAUCAGGAAACUAGUUAAACUUAGAAUUCAGCAACUUUUUAAAUAUAUUUUUCCAAUUGUGGAAGUUAAACCCCUGCUUGAGGUAGAACCAGGUGAUGAUAUGGUUUGCGCUUUAGCAGAAGCAUCACAAACUACAUACAUCAGAGAUCGGUGGGAAUAUACAGAUUAUUCUGGGGAAAAACAAUAUUGUAUCGUAGCACCUACUCUUCCCAGUUCUGGAAAUUAUUCUGCUUACAGUAUCUGGGUUUCACAAGGUCAAGACGCUGCUCUCGGUUCUAAUACAACUCAUACUGUGGAUCACGCUCCCGCUUUGACUAUCAGCGCCGCCCUAACAUACACUGCUCAAUUAGUUGACAUCCUAUCAUUUUAUUUAAACGUGAGACUUCCACACAAGAUGUUUUACAGUGAUUUCUGCAGUAACAACAUGGGAGAGCAGCAAUUCAUAAGAAGGAUAGCGAGAUUGAAUGCUAAUAUUUUGUACAUGUGCUUUUCCCAGAACGUCAAUCCUCAUUCCUUAAACGCGUACGAAACCAUUCACAAUAUGUUGAGAUUAAUUCAGGAUGAAAACGCAGAUCUGGGAAGGCAGGGGGCUCUGGAAAUUGCUCCCGAAGACGUGGAUGCUUUGGAAGAACCAUUAAUAAACGAUCUUAAGAAAAGCGAUGUGUCAUUUUCGGAGGAAAGUGACUCUUUUCCGAUAGAGUGGGAGGCGGUACCCCAUAUUCCCGAAAUUGCAGCAGAGCCAACCAAUGUCCAAUCACCACAAAUGACGGCUACUCAGCAAGCCAGUAGCAUGACUGGUGGAUUAGUCAACAGCGCAGCAGCGAGCAUAGCUUCCUUUUGGCGUGGCUUUACUGGCGGCCGGUAGUCUAGUGCGAUUUUAGAUUUUCACUUAUAUUCAUUAAAAACUAUUUUUUGAAAAUAAAGUUUUGUAAAGCUCUUUUUGUAAA